GCGGAGCGGCGGAGGACCCCGAUGGAAGCGGAGCCGGGCCCGGGCCGGCGCUGCCGCUUCCAGCCCGGGGGCCGGCUGGACAUGAGCCACGGCUUCGUGCACCACAUCCGCAGGAACCAGCUGGCCCGGGACGACUACGACAAGCGGAUGAAGCAGGCGGCCACCGAGAAGGGCAGGAGGCGGCACACGCCCGCCCCGGCUCGGCCCCGCAAGCCCGACCGCCAGGUCUACCUGCCCCGCCGCCGAGCCGGAGAGCCCCCCGCCCCCCGCGUCCCCGACUUCGAGGAGUCCAGCGGCAGCUCGGACCCGGAGCCGCCCGGACCCCAGCUCUUCUGCCUGGAGUACGAGGCCGACGGCGGAGAGGUCACCUCCGUCAUCGUCUACCAGGACGAUGACCCAGCCAGGGUAAGCGAGGAGGUCUCGGCCCACACCCCCCUGGACCCUCCCAUGCGCGAGGCCCUGCGACGGCGCAUCCAGGAAGAGAUGGCAAAGCGGCAGAGUCUGCAGUGACCGGGCCAUGUGUCCCGCGGAGGGGGCGAACCCCCUUUUCCCCGGCUGCCCCUAAGGGGGCCGGGGGAGCUGCGGGUUGGACCGCCGGCGAGGGGGGAGCCGGGCCCCGCCUGCGGCCGGGGGACACCUCCCCUAGUCGGCCGCAGCUUGAGGCCCCCCUCCCGAGGGAGAAGAGGUGUCGAUCCACAGGCCUGGGGCCUCCUUCGAGGGCGUGCGCUGACCAUCCCCCUGGACCCCUCCUGCCUCAGGCAGUGACCCGGGCUCUGGACUGGCCUGCCGCCGUGUGGCCCGGGGAGGGCCCUCAGGGGACCCCCCGCCUUUCGCCCAACCUCACGCCUUGCCAGUGAGGAAAUCGUGGUGGUGUCAGAGAACAGCGCAGUGAGCCGUUGUCUCGCUCCCCCUCUAGGGCCCAGUUAAGUUCUGUGCCAACUUCCCGAAGCUGCCUGUGUGCCGUAUAACAGCCUUCUCCACCUGGCCGCCCCCCUAAACGGGGAGCCCCAUCCAUAUCUUAUGGUGAAUCAUCUCCUCCUGCAGUCCUUACUUCCCCCGAUCCUGGUUUUUAUACUGCUUUCCUGUUCACGCCCUCUCUGUGUGCCUCCAGAAAAUGUCCGCGGCUGCGCGAUGCUCGGAAUAAAGGUACCGAAAAAGGGCGGCCCCUGCCUUGA